AUGGCCGUCCAUGCUGCGUUUCUCAUUGGGAUGGAGCUGUGCACCCAGUUACAGGAGGACGACGGCCUCUGUCCUGCUCCGUUACGGCCAGACCUUCUUUCGGUGUUGGAGGACGCAAAGGCAUGGUGCUUGAGGGUCAUCAAGGCCGGCGAGACCAAUGUCAAAGGCUACUUGCUCAUGAGCAUCGUUUCAGCCUGGGUCAAAGGGCUAAUGCGCGGCCUUGGAGAGAACGAAGCUACCAGUCUACUGGUCAAAGCCAUCAAAAAUGUCGGAGAGAAAUGCUUGCCAAUCUUAGAAGAGAUGGCAGCCUCGAUGCAAGAGCAGAUUGGAGAGCCAGUGAAUGAUAUGGCAGUUGAGAUGGCCAAGGACUGGAACUUUCUAAUUCUCGAUGCGCCUUUCAAUCUGGGUGACACCGAGCCGAUGAGCUGGAUCUUCAACGAAGACUUUGAUCAGGGGUUUUUGGAACCCUAG